GGUACCAGUUCAGGACCGUCUAUGAUGCCUCCUGGUACAACGCCCUGUUAUACUGUUUUGCCGUCUGAGGCUCAACAUGAAGAGAAAGCUAGGAAGUGGAUGCAGCUUAACUCGAAGCGUUACAGUGAUAAGCGUAAGUUUGGAUUCGUCGAAACGCAAAAAGAGGAUAUGCCUCCUGAACAUGUCAGGAAGAUUAUUAGGGACCAUGGGGACAUGUCAUCAAGAAAAUACCGUCAUGAUAAACGUGUGUAUCUUGGAGCUCUUAAGUUUGUCCCGCAUGCUGUUUACAAACUCCUUGAGAACAUGCCUAUGCCGUGGGAGCAGGUUCGAGAUGUCAAAGUCCUUUAUCACAUUACUGGUGCUAUUACAUUUGUUAAUGAGAUCCCGAGGGUUGUUGAACCGAUAUAUUUGGCUCAGUGGGGCACAAUGUGGAUCAUGAUGAGAAGGGAGAAGAGAGAUCGUCGACAUUUCAAGAGAAUGCGUUUUCCUCCUUUUGAUGAUGAGGAACCUCCAUUAGAUUAUGCGGAAAAUCUUUUGGAUGUUGAUCCUUUGGAGCCAAUACAGUUGGAGUUGGAUGAAGUAGAGGAUUCUGCAGUUUAUAACUGGUUUUAUGAUCAUAAGCCAUUGGCGAAAACAAAGCUUAUUAACGGUCCUAGUUACCGCAAGUGGAAUUUGUCCCUCCCUAUAAUGUCAACACUUCACCGCCUUGCUGGACAGUUGCUUUCCGCUCUGACUGAUCGGAAUUACUUCUACUUGUUUGAUAUGGAGUCCUUUUUCGACGCUAAAGCAUUGAACAUGUGCAUACCUGGUGGUCCAAAGUUCGAACCUUUGCAUCGUGACAUGGAGAAAGGAGACGAAGACUGGAAUGAGUUCAAUGAUAUUAACAAAUUGAUCAUCAGGUCACCACUUAGGACAGAAUACAGAGUUGCCUUCCCUCACCUCUAUAACAACAGGCCAAGAAAGGUGAAUCAUGGCAUUUAUCACACUCCGAUGAUCAUGUGCAUAAAAUCAGAGGAUCCCGAUCUGCCUGCUUUUUAUCAUGAUCCACUUAUACAUCCCAUAGUCACUGAGGGCUGCCGAGAGAAAGUUUCUGAGGAUGACGAUGAUGAUGAUGUUACCUUACCUCAGGGCGUGGAACCAUUGCUGACUGAGACUCCAACCUAUACUGAUACUACCGCUGCUGGUAUUUCCCUUUUAUUUGCCCCACACCCAUUUAACAUGAGAUCUGGUCGGACAAGACGUGCUGAAGAUAUUCCCCUUGUGUCAGAUUGGUUUAAGGAGCAUUGUCCUUCAUCAUAUCCUGUCAAGGUGCACGUCAGUUAUCAGAAGUUGUUGAAAAGUUUUGUAUUGAACGAGUUGCAUCAUAGACCUCCCAAGUCCCAGAAGAAGAAGCAUCUCUUGCGCUCACUUCAAGCCACAAAACUUGAUUGGGUUGAAGCUGGUCUUCAAGUUUGCAAGCAGGGAUAUAAUAUGCUGAAUCUCUUGAUCCAUAGGAAGAACCUGGAUUAUCUUCACCUUGAUUACAAUUUUAAUUUGAAGCCUAUUAAGACACUAACUACAAAGGAACGUAAGAAAUCCCGGUUUGGAAAUGCUUUCCACCUGUGUCGUGAAGUUCUGCGUUUGACAAAGCUUGUUGUCGAUGCCAAUGUCCAGUUUCGUCUGGGAAACGUUGAUGCAUUUCAGUUGGCAGAUGGCUUGCAAUACAUUUUUUCGCAUGUUGGUCAGUUGACGGGUAUGUAUCGUUACAAGUACAGGCUUAUGAGGCAGAUUCGGAUGUGCAAGGAUCUGAAACAUUUGAUCUAUUAUCGAUUUAAUACUGGGCUGGUUGGAAAAGGUCCUGGUUGUGAUUUCUGGGCACCUAUGUGGAGGGUGUGGUUAUUCUUUCUUCGGGGCGUAGUACCUCUUUUGGAACGUUGGUUAGGAAAUCUACUGGCAAGGCAAUUUGAGGGUCGCCAUUCUAAGGGGGUGGCCAAAACUGUCACAAAGCAACGUGUUGAAAGCCACUUUGAUUUGGAGCUCCGUGCUGCUGUAAUGCAUGAUGUCCUUGAUGCUAUGCCAGAGGGGAUCAAGCAAAAUAAAGCAAGAACCAUCUUGCAGCAUCUCAGUGAAGCAUGGCGUUGUUGGAAGGCAAAUAUUCCUUGGAAGGUCCCUGGUUUACCUGUCCCUAUUGAGAACAUGAUUCUUCGCUAUGUCAAAUCCAAAGCUGAUUGGUGGACAAAUGUUGCUCACUACAACCGUGAACGUAUAAGAAGAGGAGCAACUGUUGACAAGACUGUUUGUCGAAAAAACCUUGGAAGAUUGACUCGCCUUUGGCUGAAGACUGAACAGGAGCGGCAACAUAACUACUUGAAAGACGGUCCAUAUGUUACUCCAGAAGAAGCAGUAGCCAUGUCUACUACCACUGUGCAUUGGUUGGAGUCAAGGAAGUUUUCUCCAAUCCCAUUCCCUCCAUUGUCAUACAAGCAUGACACAAAGCUACUUAUCCUUGCACUUGAGAGAUUGAAAGAAUCUUACAGUGUGGCUGUGAGGUUAAACCAGCAGCAAAGGGAAGAGUUGGGCCUCAUUGAGCAAGCUUAUGAUAAUCCAGGUGAUGCAUUAUCACGUAUUAAGCGUCAUCUGCUGUCUCAGCGUGCCUUCAAAGAAGUUGGCAUUGAGUUUAUGGACUUGUACAGUACUUACCUGAUUCCUGUUUUUGAGAUUGAGCCACUUGAGAAGAUUACUGAUGCAUACCUGGAUCAGUACCUAUGGUAUGAAGGUGAUAAGCGCCAUCUGUUUCCAAAUUGGAUUAAGCCUGCUGAUUCAGAGCCACCACCUCUCUUAGUGUAUAAAUGGUGUCAAGGGAUAAACAAUUUACAAGGCAUAUGGGACACCAGUGAAGGACAGUCUGUGGUGAUGCUGCAAACCAAGUUUGAGAAAUUCUUUGAAAAGAUUGACUUGACCAUGCUGAACAGGCUGCUGCGUUUGGUGCUGGAUCACCAUGUUGCUGAUUAUAUCACUUCAAAAAACAAUGUCGUACUGUCUUACAAAGAUAUGAGCCAUACAAAUUCAUACGGGCUGAUACGCGGACUUCAGUUAGCUUCAUUUGUUGCACAGUACUACGGGCUUGUGUUGGAUCUUUUGCUCCUAGGUUUAACUCGAGCUAGUGAAAUUGCUGGUCCACCGCAGAUGCCUAAUGAGUUCAUAACCUAUAGUGACUCUAGAGUGGAAACAAGGCAUCCAAUCCGGUUGUACUCUCGAUACAUUGACAAGGUGCAUAUACUAUUUCGCUUCACCCAUGAAGAGGCUCGGGACCUUAUCCAAAGAUAUUUUACUGAGCAUCCUGAUCCAAACAAUGAAAAUAUGGUUGGUUAUAACAACAAGAAAUGCUGGCCAAGGGACGCAAGAAUGAGGCUCAUGAAGCAUGAUGUUAAUCUUGGGAGAAGUGUCUACUGGGACAUGAAGAAUCGACUGCCUAGAAGUAUCGCUACUUUGGAGUGGGAAAACAGCUUUGUCUCUGUUUAUAGCAAAGAUAAUCCAAACUUGCUCUUCAGCAUGUGUGGGUUUGAAGUUCGGGUACUGCCUAAGAUAAGAAUGACCCAAGAGGCAUUCAGCAAUACAAGAGAUGGUGUCUGGAAUUUACAAAAUGAGCAGACUAAGGAACGAACGGCUGUUGCCUUCUUGCGUGUAGAUGACGAGCACUUGAAGGUGUUUGAGAAUCGUGUUAGGCAGAUCCUCAUGUCCUCUGGUUCUACAACGUUCACGAAGAUCAUUAACAAAUGGAACACUGCUCUUAUCAGCCUUAUGACAUAUUUCCGUGAAGCAACAGUUCAUACGCAAGAGUUGCUGGACCUGCUGGUCAAAUGUGAAAACAAGAUACAGACCCGUAUUAAGAUUGGUUUGAACUCAAAAAUGCCCAGCAGGUUUCCUCCUGUUAUUUUCUACACACCAAAGGAAAUUGGAUGGCUUGGAAUGUUGUCAAUGGGUCACCUAUUGAUCCCACAGAGUGAUCUUAGGUAUAGUCAGCAAACAGAUGUUGGCGUGACACAUUUCAGAAGUGGAAUGAGCCAUGAAGAGGAAUAAUUGAUCCCAAAUCUCUACCGAUACAUACAGCCUUGGGAGAGUGAGUUCAUUGACUCUCAGAGAGUUUGGGCCGAGUAUGCUUUGAAAAGGCAGGGCCCUCGAAUCAAUACAUUGUUCCAGAAGGAUCGGCACACCCUUGCAUAUGAAAAAGGAUGGAGAGUGAGAACAGAUUUUAAACAGUACCAAGUUCUUAAGCAGAAUCCAUUCUGGUGGACACACCAGAGGCAUGAUGGGAAGCUGUGGAACCUGAAUAACUAUCGUGCUGAUGUUAUUCAAGCCCUUGGAGGAGUUGAAGGAAUUCUUGAGCAUACAUUAUUCAAAGGAACAUAUUUCCCUACUUGGGAAGGUCUUUUCUGGGAAAAAGCUUCAGGUUUUGAGGAAUCCAUGAAGUACAAGAAACUGACUAAUGCCCAAAGAUCUGGGCUUAAUCAAAUCCCUAAUCGCAGGUUUACUCUUUGGUGGUCGCCGACCAUAAAUAGGGCAAAUGUCUAUGUUGGUUUCCAAGUACAGCUGGACCUUACUGGGAUAUUUAUGCACGGGAAGAUUCCAACUCUCAAGAUAUCUUUGAUACAGAUAUUCCGUGCACAUUUGUUGCAGAAGAUCCAUGAGAGUGUUGUCAUGGAUCUCUGCCAAGUUUUGGAUCAAGAGUUGGAUGCAUUGGAAAUUGAGACUGUACAAAAGGAAACAAUUCAUCCAAGAAAGAGUUACAAAAUGAAUAGCUCGUGCGCUGACAUCCUCCUCUUUGCUGCGCAUAAAUGGCCAAUGUCAAAACCUAGUCUUGUGGCUGAAUCAAAGGAUGUGUUUGACCAGAAGGCUAGUGACAGAUACUGGAUAGAUGUGCAACUUCGAUGGGGUGACUAUGAUUCUCAUGAUAUUGAGCGUUAUACAAGAGCAAAGUUCAUGGAUUACACAACAGACAACAUGUCUAUUUAUCCAUCACCUACUGGUGUAAUGAUUGGAAUUGACCUUGCUUACAACUUGCAUUCCGCCUUUGGUAACUGGUUCCCUGGUUCAAAGCCAUUGCUUGCCCAAGCCAUGAACAAGAUUAUGAAGUCAAAUCCUGCACUCUAUGUGCUGAGGGAACGCAUAAGGAAAGGGUUGCAACUUUAUUCUUCAGAGCCCACAGAACCAUAUUUAUCAUCUCAAAACUAUGGAGAGAUUUUCAGCAAUCAAAUGAUAUGGUUUGUUGAUGACACAAAUGUGGAUCGUGUGACCAUCCACAAGACCUUCGAGAGAAAUCUGACAACAAAGCCCAUAAAUGGUGCAAUUUUCAUUUUCAAUCCUAGGACAGGUCAACUGUUUUUGAAGGUCAUUCACACAAGUGUGAGGGCAGGGCCAAAGCAUCUUGGCCAGCUGGCCAAGUGGAAAACAGCCGAAGAAGUGGCUGCGCUUGUGAGGUCUUUGCCUGUUGAAGAACAACCAAAGCAAAUUAUUGUGACUCGGAAAGGAAUGCUUGAUCCAUUGGAGGUCCACUUGCUCGAUUUUCCGAAUGUUGUUAUCAAAGGAAGUGAGCUGCAAUUACCAUUCCAGGCUUGUUUGAAGAUAGAGAAAUUUGGUGAUCAGAUAUUGAAGGCUACGGAGCCACAAAUGUUUCUGUUCAACAUAUACGAUGAUUGGUUGAAGAGCAUUUCAUCCUACACUGCAUUCUCCAGGCUCAUCCUCAUCCUGCGUGCACUCCACGUAAACAAUGAAAAGGCUAAGAUGUUACUCAAGCCUGACAAGUCGGUCGUCACUGAGCCUCACCACAUCUGGCCUUCACUUACAGAUGACCAGUGGAUGAAGGUUGAGGUAGCGCUUAGAGAUCUCAUUCUCUCAGACUAUGCAAAAAAGAACAAUGUCAACACAUCAGCAUUGACACAGUCUGAGAUCCGUGAUAUUAUACUUGGAGCUGAGAUAACUCCUCCAUCGCAGCAGCGCCAACAGAUAGCUGAGAUUGAGAAACAGGCCAAGGAAGCAAGUCAACUGACCGCUGUUACUACAAAGACCACUAAUGUCCAUGGUGAUGAAUUGAUUGUUACUACAACAAGUCCCUAUGAGCAAGCUGCCUUUGGCUCUAAAACAGAUUGGCGUGUCAGAGCAAUUUCUGCCACAAAUCUCUAUCUCCGUGUGAACCACAUAUAUGUAAAUUCAAAGGACAUAAAGGAGACAGGAUAUACUUACAUCAUGCCGAAAAAUAUUCUGAAGAAGUUCAUCUGCAUUGCAGAUCUACGAACACAAAUUGCUGGUUACUUCUACGGUGUAAGUCCACCAGAUAAUCCGCAGGUCAAAGAAAUCCGGUGUAUGGCAAUGCCUCCACAGUGGGGGACACAUCAACAGGUGCACCUAACUUCAGGUCUUCCUGAGCAUGAUUUUCUCACUGACUUGGAGCCUUUGGGAUGGAUGCACACACAACCAAAUGAGCUUCCUCAGUUAUCCCCGCAGGAUGUUACUUCACAUGCUAGGAUCCUGGAGAACAACAAACACUGGGAUGGAGACAAGUGCAUUAUAUUGACAUGCAGUUUCACACCAGGGUCUUGUUUGUUAACUGCAUAUAAGUUGACGCCACGUGCUAAUAAUGAUACAAGAAGCAACCCUCAUGGUUACCUGCCGACUCAUUACGAGAAGGUCCAGAUGCUCUUGAGUGACCGAUUCCUUGGCUUUUACAUGAUACCUGAUAAUGGUCCAUGGAAUUACAAUAUGGGAGUGAAGCACACUGUUAGCAUGAAGUACGGAGUGAAGUUAGGUACACCUCGGGAGUACUACAAUGGGGAACACAGGCCAACACAUUUCCUGGAAUUCAGCAAUAUGGAGGAAGGCAACAUUGCUGAGGCAGAUCGGGAGGUUACAUUUACAUAAUAUACUGCUAUUUAACUGUUUAAUUCUAGGCACUAGGAAUCUUCUGCGUCUUUUGUAUUUUUUGCUCUUGAUAAUUUGGUUUUCUUGUUAAAUUUCACUUAUAGGUAUACUCAAACACUCCUGCAGACUUUGAUUUUAAACUUGGGAGGUUAGUUGUCACAGCUAAACAUCCGUGUUUAUUAUAGUGCAAA